GGUCUUUGGGACAGCAUACAUCAUCCCUUUUAGCCGCUCCAACUGGGAAACUAACUCACCUGCAACCAACCAAAUAACCCCACAACGUUUUUUGACUACUGCCAUCUGACAUGGAGACCCAGCAAAGACUCGGACACCACUCACUUUGCCACACCUGCCGGAGAACGGAGAGCAGCAGAAUGAAGAUCAAGAAGAUGUCUUCGUCCAGUCGCGCGCUGCUCUUUGCACUGGCCCUGACGCUCUACGUUGUGGAAAUGGCCUCGGCGGAGACGCUGUGUGGGGGAGAGCUGGUGGAUGCGCUGCAGUUCGUGUGUGAAGACAGAGGCUUCUAUUUCAGUAGGCCAACCAGCAGGGGAAGCAGCCGGCGCCCCCAGAACCGUGGGAUCGUAGAGGAGUGUUGUUUCCGUAGCUGUGACCUCAACCUGCUGGAGCAGUACUGUGCCAAACCCGCCAAGUCUGAAAGGGACGUGUCGGCCACCUCUCUACAGGUCAUACCCGUGAUGCCCGCACUAAAACAGGAAGUCCCAAGGAAGCAGCAUGUGACCGUGAAGUAUUCCAAAUACGAGGCGUGGCAGAGGAAGGCGGCCCAGCGGCUCCGGAGGGGCGUCCCCGCCAUCCUGAGGGCCAAAAAGUUUCGAAAGCAGGCGGAGAAGAUCAAAGCCCAGGAGCAGGUGAUCUUCCACAGGCCCCUGAUCAGCCUGCCCAGCAAACUGCCACCCGUCUUGCUCGCCACGGACAACUAUGUCAACCACAAAUGAGCCCGCUGCCAGCCCUUUGCACAGACAAGAGUUUGGAGGGAGAAAAAAAGACUAGGGGAUUAUAGCUUUGUCUCUGACGUCAUUUCUGUGGCAGUCCUCUUUGACCUCCCCAGCCCUGUCCGAGCCCACCAAUCCCUCCCCCCUCGCUCUCAUCCACUACUUCUUGACCCCCUCGCCCUAUUCUAAUGCCCCCCCUCAACCCAACCCACCCACCCUUCUCUGGCACACAAACAUGCCUUCACAUUCUUCCCGUCUGAACUCCCUCUCUCUUUCAGUCACUGACACAAAAGGCACAAACACAAAUGAUGAACAAAAAGUUAACAAUUCGGCUGAAUGCAAUUCAGGUGGAUCCUUAAGCAAAAGAGAAACGGGAAAAGGAGAAAGAAGAUGAAAGAGAUCUGGGGUUUGCAAGUGUCAAGAGGACACCCAGAGGAAUGCUUUUUUGUUCCUGUGGAAGACAACUGAGAGUGAAGAGCAGCUUGCAUGAAAGAAUCCAUUCCACAUCAUCUUUCCUGAGGCAAAAAUCUCUUGUCAGUUCUUUUUCUUAUUAGUUUGCACCUCUACCUAUAAAGGGACUUCCACACUGUAAGGAAUUAUUUUGUAAAAUUAGAUUCCUGUUCCAGCACCUUUUUGAUCACAAACAAAAAGCAGAAAAGAGUCUGCAAAAUUGCACAUUGCCACGGAUUACGUCAAAGUAAAGAAAAAAAUGGCACUAUUUUUUUAUGAACAAUGAACGUGUAGCUUAAAAAAAUGUCAUGGUGCUAGCUUUGGGAAUGGACUCAAAGAAGAGGUUGAAAAGCACGUUUUUUUUUCUUUAAUAAAUAUUAAAACUUUCCGUUUUAAGGAAAGUGGGACUUCUAAAAAAGAGGAAAAUAAAGGAUAUGGGGGAGCUCCUGACAGUGGCAAUGUCAAGGGGGAAGUGUCACUGAGAAAAGAUACGGGCUGUGUCGGCGAGUGCUAGCGGCUGCUCAUCACUAGCUUGCCAGCGUAAACGGCAAAGGGGGACCCAGUCUCUGCGCCCCCCCCCUCCUCGUCCCUCUGAGGCUGCCACACACAGGGAGCAGUGUGGGGACACAUGGGGGACACCGUGGACCGCCUGGAUUGGGAACAGUUGUGGGACAGUACUUCCAGUUUGCCAUGGCUUUGCAGACUGCUCUGACAGAAAGUAACAUGGCAUGGACAAGUGGGAUAAUGAUUAUAUUUUAUUUGUCUUUUUUCUGUUUUCUUUUCAUAUCAAUGUCUCAAUGAAAAAAAGGAAAACCCUGUCAGUUUCUGGUACCGUGACAUUCCUGUUUUUCCGAGUUAGGCUUUUUUUUGUUUCAAUGGUUAUUGUUCUGAUGUUAUUUUACAGUUCUAAAGAAAAGGCACAAAAUUUCAAUUCAAAGGGAAAAAACAGCAAUAAUGUCAACUAACAUCUUAUUUUUAUUGUAUAUCAGUAGUAUUCACAUGCUUUUGCCUGAAACAAAUACUUGAAUAUAUAUAUAUACAUCUAUAUAUAUAUAUAUAAAUAUAGAUAUAUAAUUAGUUUCCAGGGACGUUGUGUUAUUUUCCUUUAGUCUGAGCUGUAUCUUGCGUAAUGAGCCGCCAAGCUUUUUUGUUUGUUUGUUGAAAUACAAAUAAGGGCACUGUAUAAAGGCAUUAUUUAUUUUGUUAUAAAAUAUAUUUGAAAAAUUGGUCCAAAUAAUAUACGUAGCACUGAUGCUCAACUGACGGUUUUACUUUGUAUGAUCUCUGUUUUCCAAUUGGAGUUGUAAGGCUUUUUUUGUAGAUGCUUUGUACCAAAAAUAAUGUCUUCUUCUUUUUUUUUUUUUUUUUUUCCUUUUUUUCUGUCUGCCAUAGUUACUUUAAAUUAAUAUUUUAACAGCAGCAUAGCCUGGAUUGCUUAGGCAUGUUAUGUCACAGAAAUAGGCACAUACUCUGAAUACGUCGGUCUGCAUGGAUGUCCAGAAAGCCUGUCGGGAUGAUCUGUGAAGGAAAGCAUCAAUAAUGAGAGGAAAAAGAACUGUUCAAUAUUGAUUGUACUCAAACCCACUAUGUUUUUAAAGCCACUUUAGUAUUGAUGGUGGAGGGGAAUGAUCAGUCCUUUAUUAUUAAAUCAUGUCUUUGUAAUUGUGCACGGUGUCCUAUGAUCUUCUACGGGGCGUCCUGCCCAUGUGCCAGUGCCACUCAUGUUGUUGUCAGUUUGGGUCAGAAGGCCAUUAAUGUCUGGUCAGUUAGUAGAUUUAGGGACGAGCUUACAUGUGUCUUACACAAGUUAUUAUGUUGAUGCCUUAAUUAAAGGUUAGGAUGUCGCUGUGAUGUCAUCAAAGGUCAUCUAAAGGUCGUUGUGUAUCUGGAGAGUGUAUCAUCGAACCACCUCACUGUUCUCUCUCUCUCUCUCUCUCUCUCUCUCUCUCUCUCUCUCUGUCUAUCUAUGUUCGCCCCUGAUCUUAUGCAUCGACACCAUGUUUCUUUAUUAGCAUGGCGAGGGAAAGUACGCAGGGGUUGUCAGCCCCCCUCGAAAAUCUUCCAAUGAUCCAUCUAUUAUGCAUUUGAUGAAGGGCUAUCAUGCUGAACCAUUUCUGAAGCACUCAGGAACUUAAAAAAAAAACAAAAACAAUCUAUGCUCUGUGAAGGAGAAGUGGAGUUAAGUGCUGAGUGCAAGUGAUAAUCGUGUUGUGGAAGGGUGAGCGUACCUGCCCAAAAUGAUACAGCUCUCUGUGACAAAACCACUGAAGCCCAUGUCAGAAACAAGGUCAUUUAGUGCCACAUCAUGCUUCCUCCUCCUUAUGUCAUGUAUCAGCCAUGAAACGGGGACUUUAAUGGAUGAUCACCCUGCUGCAGUGAAGACAAAUGUUCUCUCUUCUUCUGUCAGAGAGAUCUCAAUGAUCAUGGCUGCAUCCUGUCUCUAAUUAUAUUCUACUUCAGUUGUGCAACAAAGCAGGCAGUGCAAUUACUAUUAUUAUUAUAUUAUAUUAUUAUUAUUAUUAUUAAUAUUAUUGUUAUUAUAUUAUUUUCUAUUUUUUUCUAUAUUUUCCUGCUAGGACUGCAUUCAUUCACUAUUGUAAUGUUCAAACAGGCGACUCUAGUGUUCCUAUGAAUGGCGUGAAAGACAACCACUUCUUUUCGCUGAAUAUGAAGAGAUAUCUUGCCAAGCAAUGGCAACUUUUUCUGUGUCAGUAGCUCACUCAGCCUGUGUGUAUUUUAUUAAUUUAACCUCUGCACGCUAGAACGUCCGAAAUGCACAAUUCAUGUACUUUCAUUUUUAAUAUCAAUAAAAAAACAUUUUAUCAAACAUA